AAGCAGCACGGAAUUUUCAUGAAUCCAUCAAGCACUUUUGAUUUUGGAAAACUCUUCAGCACAAACAAGAAAACAAUAAUAGGAACUGACGACAAGCCAUCGCUGUACGGCUUGUGUCUUCCCUUCCCGUAACCAAACCGAAACGCACGUUCUUUGCUUUGACCCCAUUAAUAAGAAUAGCAGGUAGGCUCGCUCUCUCUUCAAAACAUUCAUAUGCCAUGCCCCUCUUCUCCUUCUAACAACCUCGCUUCACAAAUCCGGGGAUAGUGACAAGAAUGAAUUGAUCAUUGGCUCAUCCGUUCCUCUUGUUAGUGUCAAGAUGGAGUUGUUUUCCGCUCUUAAUCUUUAUCUUCGAAGACCAUUUUGGCUCUUGAUUUCUUUGGUGUUCUUGCUGCUGUUGCUGCUAAAUAGUAGAGUAGUGUUAUCUGAUCCCAACUACUUAAUUGGGCUUGGAAGCUAUGACAUCACUGGACCAGCUGCUGAUGUUAACAUGAUGGGUUAUGCUAACACAGACCAGAUUGCUUCUGGGGUUCACUUCAGGUUGCGUGCUCGUGCUUUUAUUGUGGCCGAGCCUAAAGGGAACCGUGUUGUGUUUGUUAAUCUUGAUGCUUGUAUGGCCUCUCAACUUGUCACUAUUAAAGUUAUUGAGAGGUUGAAGGCAAGGUAUGGGGACCUUUAUACUGAGAAUAAUGUUGCUAUCAGUGGCAUUCACUCUCAUGCUGGUCCUGGGGGCUAUCUUCAGUAUGUUGUGUACAUUGUGACAUCUCUUGGAUUUGUGCGUCAAUCAUUCGAUGCACUUGUUGAUGGCAUUGAGAAAUGCAUAAUUCAAGCUCAUGAAAAUCUCCAUCCUGGAACGAUUUUGGUGAAUAAGGGAGAGAUCUUAGAUGCUGGAGCAAAUCGCAGCCCUAGUGCAUAUCUUAAUAAUCCUGCAGAAGAGCGCAGCAAAUACAAGUACGACGUUGACACAGAAAUGACCCUUGUGAAGUUUGUAGAUACUGAGUGGGGCCCAGUGGGUAGCUUUAAUUGGUUUGCAACCCAUGGAACUUCUAUGAGCCGUACAAACUCUUUGAUAAGUGGGGAUAACAAGGGGGCAGCAGCGCGAUUUAUGGAAGACUGGUUUCAGCAGAAUGGUAUUGGAAACUCAUAUUCUGAUGAAGGUGUAGUUGAUGGAAUCCCUCGAAGAAUCUCAAAUAUUAUCCCAGACUUGCAUGAAAAUCACCAUGAGCUAUUAGAGCUUGCAGCAUCCUUCCAGUCUUCUUCUGGUCAACCAGCAACCAAGAUUCUUAGCAUUGCAAAGCGUGUCAGGAGUGCUCUCAGGCAAACUGACAAACCUGGAUUUGUAUCUGCAUUUUGUCAAUCAAACUGUGGUGAUGUUAGCCCCAAUGUGCUUGGAACUUUCUGUAUAGACACUGGACUACCUUGUGACUUCAAUCACAGUACCUGCGGUGGGAAGAACGAGUUGUGCUAUGGCCGAGGACCAGGUUAUCCUGAUGAAUUUGAAAGUACCCGUAUUAUUGGAGAGAGGCAAUUCAGAAAAGCUGUGGAUCUUUUCAACACAGCAUCUGAGAAAUUAAAUGGAAAGAUUGAUCAUCGCCACUCUUUUGUAGACUUCUCCCAGCUGGAAGUGACACUUCCUAAACAGGGAGGAGGUUCUGACAUAGUAAAAACAUGUCCUGCUGCAAUGGGUUUUGCAUUUGCUGCAGGAACAACAGAUGGACCUGGAGCUUUUGAUUUCAAGCAAGGAGAUAACGAGGGAAAUGCCUUCUGGAGACUUGUGCGCAACUUCUUAAAAACACCAGGAAAGGAACAAGUUGAUUGUCAGCAUCCGAAGCCUAUCUUGCUUGAUACUGGUGAAAUGAAGAAACCAUAUGAUUGGGCACCUUCAAUACUUCCAAUCCAAAUUCUCCGUAUCGGGCAGUUAGUCAUCCUCAGUGUACCUGGAGAAUUUACAACAAUGGCUGGGAGGCGUCUUAGAGAUGCUGUCAAGACAGUGCUCAUGAGUUCCGGGAAUAGUGAGUUUGAUAGUAAUAUUCACGUUGUUAUAGCAGGAUUGACUAAUACCUAUUCACAGUAUGUGACCACUUUCGAAGAGUAUGAAGUGCAGAGAUACGAGGGUGCCUCCACACUCUUUGGUCCACACACUCUCAGUGCCUAUAUCCAGGAGUUCAAGAAGCUUGCAACUGCUCUCGCCACUGGCCAAUCUGUUGAGCCUGGUCCACAACCCCCAGAUCUUCUGGAUAAACAAAUAAGCUUACUUACACCAGUUGUAAUGGACGCAACCCCUCCCGGUGUACAUUUCGGUGAUUGCAGCUCUGAUGUCCCCCAGAACUCCACAUUCAAAAGAGGUGAUACGGUCACAGUUGUUUUCUGGUCAGCUUGCCCCAGGAAUGACCUAAUGACAGAAGGCACAUUUUCCCUUGUGGAGAUCCUCCAAGGAAAGGAUAGUUGGUUCCCAGCUUAUGAUGAUGAUGAUUUCUGCCUUCGCUUCAAGUGGUCGAGACCUUCAAAAUUAAGUACUCGUAGUCAAGCAACUAUAGAAUGGAGGAUCCCGCAAUCUGCCAGCCCUGGUGUCUAUAGAAUAAGACAUUUUGGAGCUGCAAAGGGCCUUCUAGGUUCUAUCAGCCAUUUCACCGGUUCAUCGAGUGCUUUCGUCGUAACAUGACAAAACAUGCUGUUCUUGUACAUGUACACGCUACUCCUGUCCUUGUAGUAUUCCUUUUCUUACACAAAAAUAUAUUUGCACGACAGAUGUCUGGCAUGGGGCAACACUUGCCAAUAAACCCUUGAAUCCCUGCAGCUAUCUUUAACAUGUUUAAUUAAUCCAGCUAGUUUUUGUAA